UACAUUUAUUAGCGAGAGGAUUUCCACCAGGAAGUUCGAUUGAUUAAAGAGUACUGCUACCAUUGCCCUGUCCAAGGUUGCUGGUCAAUAAAUUGCUUCUUCCAAAUCUUUCGUUCAUACAAAGUCUUCUCUGGGCGUGCUUAUUGUGAGAUAUAAAGACACUUGUGUUGAGAUUUCUCAUUUGCACUGACAAGGACAACAUGAGCGACAAUUCUCUUCUGCCACUCGGUGCCCUUGGAGCCCCAAAGCAGGCAACGGUCAUCGGUCUGUAUGGGGUGUCUGGCGUGGGCAAAACUUCGUUACUUCUUCAGCUUGAGAAGGUGCUGGGUAAUGAGUCAUUUACAUACUACGAAGGCUCUGCUGUGAUCUCUGAGACUGUCCCCGGUGGACUGCAUGCUUUUCAGUCACUGGGAACGGAAGAGAAAAUCUCCUGGCGCAAACGAGCUAUUGAAAGUAUCAGAUGUUCCUCCCUCAAUUCUGGAAAGGCUGCUAUCGUGACCGGCCACCUGACCUUAAGUCCGGAAGAAGGAGUCUUCGAAGCUGUGUAUACAGAGAGUGACUUGGAGAUUUUCUCUCACAUCCUAUAUCUGGACGAGCCUGCAGAUGUGGUGUGGAUGCGACGACAGCACGAUACACGAAAGAAGAGACAAGAAUUGUCCGUCAACGGCAUCUUCCGAUGGCUUGAGGCCGAGAAAUCUUGUUUGCGUCAACUUUGCUACAAUAAUUCGAUCCUGUUCGUCCUCGUGUCUGCCAGCCUUGUGGAUGAAAUAGCCAGGUUGCUGGUCGAUUUUCACAAGCAUAAUGAGACCCACAAUUUGAAUCGUGUCAUCGAAAGCUUAGAUGCUGCUCUUGGGUACUGUCGCGACCACCAGCCUAAUACCUUCCUUGUCCUUGACGGAGACAAAACGCUCGCCGCCGGCGAUACCGGAGACAUUUUGUGGCGCACACAUUUACCUUCAGUGACUAAUGACCCCAACCCAUUGGAAACUAUCUUCACCAGCAUACUGGGAUACUCAUACACUGCUUUCCGGCAAGUCUCUUUACUUUACGGAGAAACAUUUACGAAUGAUAAGUUCGAGGAAAUAUGCUCACUGGUGGCGACCAAGAUUCAGCUGUAUUCCGAAAUGCUAUCAAUACUUCGCGUUAUUCAGUCUAAAGGGCAUAUUGGUGCAGUGAUCGUCACCUGCGGCCUGCGAAAAAUCUGGACCAAGGUACUUGAAAAUAACGGUCUCGCUGGAAAGUUUAUUGUCAUCGGAGGGGGUCGCGAUCCGGGUGAUCAUGUUGUGACUCCUAUGGUCAAAGCUGCGAUAGUAGAUCACCUCAAGGGGAAGUACUCCAGUUACAUUUGGGCCUUCGGAGACAGCCCGCUUGACCUUGACAUGCUGAGCCGAGCAGACCAAGCCAUCGUGGUCGUGGGCGAAAUUUGUACCAGGAGCCGGUCGAUGGAGACCGAACUAGCCACCGUUAUCGAGCGCGAUCAAUUUCGCGCACAUCAAUUACUCUUACCCGGAGAAGUGCCACCGCGUCUAGAUACAAAGAGACUCCCAAUCAUUACACUGGAGGAACUGAUUGGCUCAAUCAAUUUUGAGGUCGUCCAUAGCACCGACACGAAUGCCGCCAGAUUAUUAGCGACACCGAUGCGCGACGCUAGUCUUUAUGGCCCUUUUCUUAGGGCAGCGCAUAAGCGUGCGGGAUAUUACCUUUCGAUGACUCACGUGUCUGAUUUGCUUGGACUUGAGACCGUCCAAAUUCCUCACGUGCAAGGAUAUGCGAUUCAUGGAUAUCAACUCCAGCACGAAGCGAAGACAUUAAUCAUAGCUUUAAUGCGAGGAGGGGAACCAAUGGCCCUGGGAGUGAGCGAGGCGUUUCCGAAAGCGAUGUUUCACCAUGCUGCCUCCGUGGCAGAUAUCACGCAUGAGCAUCUCAAUGACAGAGCGACCGCAAUCCUGGUAGACUCAGUAAUCAAUACAGGAAGUUCUGUUCUGGAAAUGAUUCAGCAUAUUCGGCAGAUCAAUGCAACUCUUCGAAUUGUGGUGGUGGCGGGUGUGGUUCAGAAACAGGCUGUGGCCGCUCGCAGCCCGCUUUGCAUGGUUGCGCGCAAGUCGAAUGUUGGGCUUAUUGCCCUUCGCCUUUCGGAGAACAAAUAUACCGGCACUGGAACAACUGAUACAGGAAACCGACUUUUUGGUACGAUGCACCUGGCGUAGCAGAAACUCAAUAUGAAUCAUGCGCCUCUGCGAUAAUUUAUAUAAGCUUCACAUGAUAAUGGUAUUUUCCUCCGUUGAAUAUAGCUAUUUCGUCCUGUUUACUUGGAAAGCGCUGCCGUGAUCGGUUCUUUCAUACUUCCGAAUCAAACUCAAAGCAUAGGUUAUUUAUACCAAGUACAGAUCUCUGUCAGUGCCAGUGUGACUCCCGACUCAUUUUAGCUAGCCAGACACGCUUUACUCACUUCUGUUUUACCUGGCUUGGCAUCAACUGAUUUGCAGUAAGG